GGGAUCCAAGGAAUUCAACAGCGGGAGGUGACGUCAGAAUUCCGUAUAUUGCAGUGUUGUCGCUUUCAAAAACGUUGGAUAUGGGGUAGAACAUUUAACCCUGUUCCGAACUUUAGUUUUCGCAUUUUCGGUGACUUUUCAUUUCGCGAAAUACUUUUGUAUUAACUUCGCGAGAGAGACAUUGAGCAGUGAUAGCAUGCCAAAUUCGUUGUUUUGUUUUUCUUGAGGAUUUACGGAAUUUCUCCUCGCUAACAACAGGGGAAGUGCCCCCUGUCCUUUGUCUGUCACGGGUGUUUUUAAAGUAUUCGACAUGGACAUUUACGGAUACAAUGGUGUUUUUCUGGUCAAAAGACUGUUUAAUAAUGCAGUUUUUGAGAUUUCGAACAUGUCAGACAUUACGAAGGCGAACCCUCACGGAUGCGAUAACGGGGCUUUGACAAACAGAUUCGGAGUCUUGAUUCAAGGGUUGCUGGCGAUAGUCGCCUUCAGCACAUUGAUGCUGAAGAGGUUCCGGGAGCCUGUAGGGAUCAGAAGACCAUGGAGGAUCUGGUUUUACGACACAUCCAAGCAGGCCAUUGGCGCUCUCUUCAUCCACUUCGCCAACAUCUUCCUCUCCAACCUCACAGAAAUGGACCCUUGUUCCCUGUAUCUGAUGAACUUCCUGCUCGAUGCCACGCUAGGCAUGCUGGUCAUCUGGGCGGGGGUCAAGGUUGUCUCCAGGAUCGUGGAGUACAAGCAGUUCACACUGCUCACCUUUGGAGAAUACGGUGACCCUCCCCAGGCUGCAGCAUGGCUCGGUCAGUGUGGGGUCUACCUUCUCAUCAUGGUCCUGGAGAAGAGUGUGGUUAGCUUGGUGCUGCUCAUCCCUGGAUGGACCAACCUGCAGUCUGUGUUGCUGGACUACAUCCCUAACCCUCAGGUGGAGCUUGUGUUGGUCAUGCUUAUCGUGCCCUUCAUUGUCAAUUCCAUCAUGUUCUGGGUGGUGGACAGUCUGAUGAUGAGGAAGUACAAGACGCUGAAGAGCCUGGACGAGUCCUGCGACUCCUCGGCCAAGGUCGACUCCACGGCGCCGUGGGUUACCGGCGACGAGUCACGGGUCCUGUUGACGACCGAGACAGACACGGAGGAGGAGCAAGAGGAGGAUAGGUCAACAAUGGUCCGAGGACGGUCCCACUCUAGCCUCCCAGGAGUGGGCAUUAAUACCUAGCUGGGUGGAGGUGUAGCUCUGGUACCCUCCUCUACAAGACCCUGACACACAUGCAGACACGCACACAAGGAUGUGUGGAUGUACACCCCUUCCAGAUCACACAGAUUUGCGGUUGACAAUUGACAGUUGUCAUUUGACAUGGAGAGUCUGUCACUGGUUUUAAAUUUCUACACAUCCCAAUGAUGUCUUUAAUGAUGACUUGACUGUUAUGAUGAUGUUGAAUGAUAUAUGAACAGUGCUUUAUUAUGAAAAAAGUCCUCCACCCUUGCAGACCCUGUUUACCGAAACAACAAGCUUGGGGGUGGCUAUAAAGUGUCUCUUGAUGGAGAUAAUUAGAGAGCACAGUGGGAGCAUGAGGGAACAAGACAGCGAUGAUGAAAGGAGAGAGAGAGUAAAUCUGUCUCACGGGGGGGAUUUUGUGAUCUCCAAAGAGCUCUUUAUGACAUCAACUUCCAAAGAGUAGCGGUUUUCCUUCAUCAUCAAACAGAUAACUGCUUAGUUCAAACCUCUACAUACAGCAUAUAAUGGUCUGUAAUUAAAUACUUUAAGUCUGCUUUGGACCUGUAGUAUCAGUAGAAUCCACUACUAGUGUCCUUGUCUCCUUUCAAUCCUACUGAUUUCACCUAUCACGUCCAGUCAGAUCAGUUGUCAGAUUAUUGUAACUCAGCCGGAGGAGUUGGACCAUAAAGUUGGAGAUGUUUCAUCUCUGAGUUGGACUGUAAUAGUCUGGUCUGGAACAGUUCUUCACACUGUCUCCAGAGGAUGUUUAACAAGGUGGAAAAUGGUGUUCUAUGUAGAAAACGGACCAAAUCAUUUAAUAUUCCUCAUGGAUGUCCAUUUUUGAUUGAUUUGGAUUUAUCCAAAUAUUUGCAAUGUUUCUACUAUGAACUAAAGAGCUUUGUGAUAUGGAGAGUGAUUUUGAAUGUUGUAAUGUAUUUAUUUUCUUAUUUAUUUUGUCUAUUUUACAUAUUUUACUGUAUUCAUAUAUUAGUUGUGGUUAAACCUGUGGUAAUGACACGUAAUGGGAGAUUUCCAAGCAGUAUCACAGAAAUUAUCACGGUCAAUAGAGAUUACUUGAGAUACCAAAAUAGUGUUCAGUUUACCAUUGUAUGUUCAUUCUUAUAGAUCACAUUUCUCAAACAUUUCUCAAUCAUUGAGCUGUGAACGCUAACAUGAAAAUACAGUACUGAUAUUUUUGUAUUCAUUUAAUUAUGUUCCUGGAACCAUUUAAUGUCUUAGUGAUGUGAAAGAUUCUGAUUGUGAGACUGUCAUUUCACGUGACCUCAGACGUAUAGAAUAGCUACUGUGAGGACCUGUGCCACUACACAUGUUUGCAUUUAUGCUAAUUAUUCACUGUAAAAAAAAGAACUCCCUUUUCAUGCUCUGUUUAUAAUAUAUUUUUUAAUUAGCGUUACUCCAAUCCAUCAUGUAUGUGUUUGGAAUUGUGACUGAAAUCUUUGGAAUGUUUAAUGGAUAUCCACUUGAAAGUGCCAUGUUGCUAUAAUAUAUUCAUGAUUCAUUUAUGAUACAAGAAAAAUAUGUCUUUGUCUUUUGUCUUAACUGUUGUCACUAUUGUUCGUAUUAUCAUCAUUGAAAUUAAAGUAAAAUUGUAUAAUAAAAUAAAAAAA